GCCGUCUGGGCGCUGCGUGCCCUGCGCCGUGCGUGCUCUUUGCGCCUGCGUAGUGCGUCCGCCUCCCUUUCUGCCUCCGCUGCCGCCAUGGCGCCCGUGAAAAAGCUUGUGGCGAAGGGGGGCAAAAAAAAGAAGCAGGUCCUGAAGUUCACCCUGGACUGCACCCACCCCGUGGAAGACGGGAUCAUGGACGCGGCCAACUUCGAGCAGUUUCUCCAGGAGAGAAUCAAAGUGAACGGGAAAGCCGGGAACCUCGGGGGCGGGGCCGUGACCAUCGAGAGGAGCAAGAGCAAGAUCACGGUGACUUCCGAGGUGCCCUUUUCCAAAAGGUAUUUGAAAUAUCUCACCAAAAAAUAUUUGAAGAAGAAUAAUCUACGUGAUUGGUUGCGUGUAGUUGCUAACAGCAAAGAGAGUUACGAAUUACGAUACUUCCAGAUUAACCAGGACGAAGAAGAGGAGGAAGAUGAGGAUUAAAACUCAUUUAUCUGGAAAAUUUUGUAUCAGUUCUUGAAUAAAACUUGGGAACCAAAACA